CGCUGUACUGCUGCUUUGGAGGUGCGGUUUGACAAUUGAUUUAAAUUAUGCUCAUUUAGAGUAUAGCCUUCAAAAGGAGCACUGGUGGAAGUUUGAAUAGAUCGUUGUAUUGUCUUGGAUUUCCACGGAUGUAAUAGGCAGAUUUUUUUCUGUUUUGAUUUGUGCAUUUUUGGAUAUGGCAUACAAAUGCUGUUUUCGAUCCCUCUGCUUAAAAUGGCGUUUGGGUUUUGGACUUCGAUGGCAAGUGCUCGUUUUUAUACUCUAUUUCAGUCACAUUGGAGCCGGACAAAUUCGGUAUUCUAUUCCGGAAGAGAUGAAGAAAGGGUCGCUAAUUGGUAAUGUAGCUCAGGAUCUGGGAAUAGAUUUAAAAAGGCUCCGUGCGGGUCGGGCCCGUAUCGUGACCGGAGAGGGCAUUCAGUACACGGAGCUGAAGACAGACAAAGGGAUUCUAGUCGUAAGUGAGAGAAUAGAUAGAGAGCAGCUUUGUGGCGACGUCACACCGUGUAGCUUCAGCUUUGAAAUGAUAUUAGAAAAUCCCAUGGAGUUGCAUCCUGUUAAUAUCUUCAUCCAAGAUCAGAACGACAACGCACCUCAAGUUCUGUACCCAGUCCAGACUGGCGGCUCUCUGGUGGCUGAAAUGGUGCCUCGUUCAGCAGAUGUGGGCUAUCUGGUCACUAAAGUGGUGGCUGUUGAUGUGGACUCUGGACAGAACGCCUGGCUCUCCUAUAAACUGCAGAAAGCCACAGACAGGGCGCUGUUUGAAGUGGGCUUACAGAAUGGGGAAAUAAGAACUGUUCGCCAAGUGACUGAUAAAGAUGUAGUGAAACAAAGGCUCACUGUUGUAGUGGAGGACAACGGGCAGCCCUCUCGUUCAGCUACAGUCAAUGUUAACGUGGCGGUGGCGGACAGCUUCCCUGAAGUGCUCUCAGAGUUCACUGACUUUACGCACGACAAGGAUUACAAUGACAACCUGACUUUUUACUUAGUCUUGGCUUUGGCUGUAGUUUCAUUUCUUUUCAUCACGUGUUUGGUGGUUAUUAUAUCAGUGAAAAUAUACAGAUGGAGACAAUCUCGCAUGCUCUAUCAUUCCAAUCUCCCGGUGAUUCCUUAUUAUCCACCGCGUUACGCAGACACUUUGGAAACGGGAACUCUUCAGCACGUGUACAAUUACGAGGUGUGCAGGACGACUGACUCCAGAAAAAGUGACUGUAAGUUCGCCAGACCGGGUAGUCAGAAUGUCCUGAUAAUGGACCCCAGCUUGACAGGGACCAUGCAGAGGAUACACAGUGAAAAGAACAUCUUAGACGAACCAGAUUCUCCUCUUGAGGUUUAA